AUGGAGCGCCCACCACCAGAUGAGGCCACUGCAGGAGGUUCGUCCACGUCAGACUCGUCCACAUCAUCACUGCUGGAUCGUGCCACGUCAGCAGUUGUGGCGAUGCGUCAGCACUGCGAGGACUAUCCAUAUGUGUGGGCAUCCUAUGGCGUUACCUUUGCCUUGAUGGGGUUUUAUUCUGCCAGAGCAUGGCAAAGACUGCGGCGGGCUGAGGAUGAUUCUGCGACAAACAUGGAAAAUGAAGAGGGAAGCUCAACAGCUUGGAUGGAGAGGGAGAGCGAGGACGAGGUCCGACAUAGCGCGCUGGAUCUUAUAAAGCGGAUGGAGGAGGACGGUUCGUGGAAACUACCGUCUGAGCGAAGAAUACAGGUGCCCCACGUGCGACAGCAGCACUCGUGGGACUGUGGCGUGGCGUGCGUGCUCAUGGUGCUCAAGGCGCUCCGCAUCCCCAUCCACCCCGUUCACACCGAGCCCAUGCAAAGCAUCCUGGCCGUCCAUUCGCCACAGCCAAUCGGAGCAUCGCCUGCCAUGCCUGCUGCUACAUCCGCAACUAGAUUCUCAAGGUCAAGCGUGGUUCCAGCUGCACAUGCAGCUACAGCUGUGAUCCAUGCUCCUGCUACAGCCGCAUCCCCUGCUCUUAUAGACAGAGCUAUAGAUACAGUCGCUGACCCAGCUGCAGCUGCUGCUACAGCCUUUUCCACGCCCCCACCUAGCAGCGCGGUCAUGGGCGCAACAACCUCUAGAUUUCCAGCAGUUAACGCCCACCCUGCCACGUCCCCUUUAGCAGGAGACUCGUUUGCGUUAGAAGCACCACAUGAGGAGCUUUCCUUGCACGGAUCAGCCCAGGCGCGUCAGGGGGGCAAAACGGGGGCACAGGGCGAAGCGGUGCACAAGAGUGCUGCUGUGGAGGAGCUCACCUGCCCGUCUGACACAGGGCUUGCACGCGUUGUUGCUGAGGGUGCUCUUGCCUCGUGGGAUUCCAUAGGGCAAGCGGAGGGUGCUGAUGCCACGUGGCACUCCCUGGAGGCAGCGGGGGGUGCUGCUGGUUGUGGGGAUGUGGGAGAGGGUGCUAAUGGGUGCAUGCGCAGAGCAGAGGGUGCAGGGGUUGGCACAGAGGGGCUGGUGAGAAGAGGGUCAGCGAGGGGUCGUGGCUGUGCGGUGCGAGGUGGUGAAGAGGGGUGUGAUGUGGUGCAUGCCACGACACGAGAAGUGCGCGCAGUGGCAUGUGCAAGUGCGGGUAUAGGGAGGGGGAGAGCAGCGGGGAGCAGAGAGACAUGCGAACUGCAGCAGCUGCACCGCCAGUGCGGCACCACCAGUGUGUGGAGCAUAGACCUGGUGGCGCUGCUGCAGCGGCACGGAGUGGGGGUGGAGUUCCUCACUGUCACCAUCAGCGCCAACCCCUCCUUCGCCCAGCAGCCCUUCUACAAGGAGAACAUGCCAGGGGACGUGGACAGGGUCAAUCGUCUCUUUGCCGACACCAUACGAGCCGGCGUGCACAUUCAGUGUGCGUCCAUAGGCAUUCAGCACGUGGCGUGGCUGCUCCUCUCGGGUCGCUACCUCAUCAUUGCCCUCGUGGAUAAGCGCACCAUCACGUGA